AUGAACCAAAAGCAUAUCAUCAUCACCAUUUUCCUAUUCCAACUUCUCAUUCAAACAAAAUCCCAACAAUUUUCAGAAAACUUGUCACCAAAUUCGCUUGGUUUCGAGAAAGAAAAACUAACUCACCUCCACUUCUACUUCCAUGAAGUAAUCAGCGGCCGCCCGCCUACCGUUGUCCAAGUGGCCGAGGCCGCCACAACCAACAGUUCCAAAACCGGAUUUGGAACAACAUACGUGGCGGACAAUCCAUUGACAGUUGGUCCUGAACUAACCUCCAAGAUUGUGGGAAGAGGACAGGGGAUGUCUGCAUCAGCUGACUUAAAUGAUUUUGGGUAUUUAUGGGUAUUUAAUUUGGUUUUUGGUGAAGGAAAGUAUAAUGGGAGCACUUUGAGUUUACUAGGGAGGAAUGCGGUGUUGGCACCGGUGAGAGAGAUGUCAAUCGUCGGAGGGACGGGGUUUUUUCGAUUUGCUCGUGGUUAUGCGCUUACAAAGACUCAGUUUUCUAAUCCAAGCAAUGGUGAUUCGACUGUUGAGUAUGAUGUUUUUGUCAUUCAUUACUGAUCAUUUAUAUCAUUGAACAUAUAUUGAUUUUCAAAUGGGCAUA